AUGGACAUAUCAAACCAUAAUCGCCACCGCCACCACCAUCACACCGCCGUAUCCACAUCCAAACCCACCCGUAAAAUCCUCUCAAUCUUCCUCAAAUUCAUCGUCAUGUCCUUAAUCCUCUCCCUAUUCCUCCUCUUCAUCGGCCUCGCCGCCAUCAUCCUCCUCCACCUUCUCCUCGCCGGCUCCGUCCUCCACCGCCGCCGCCGUCUCCUCACGCGCUCCUCCACCCCACGCGCCUCCUCCCUCUCCCUCCACGACAUUCAGACCCACAUCCCAUCGUUUAAAUUCUCCAACACCACCGCCGCAUCCGAUGAUUGUUCGAUUUGUUUGGAGUUUCUGAAUGAAGGGGAGAUCUGCCGGGUGCUUCCGGUUUGUGAUCAUGUUUUUCACGCGCGGUGUGUGGAUAGGUGGUUGACGAAGGUGCCCAGUUGCCCGGUUUGCAGGACCCGGGUCCGGUUGGAUAAUGGUGGGUCGUCUGAUUCGGUUGUUAGUGACGAUGAAACGAAGUUUUUGUGGGCGAUUGGUGUAGGUAGGUAG